AUGACGGAUGGCAUGGAAAAGAAGGAGAUGGCUGCGGAAUCGCAGAUCGAAGCACAUACGGAGGUCACUUCCUCGUCGCCUGAUGCUGCUCCGCCACCAAAGUUGCCACCUAAUGAAACCCUUUCCACUGCAACGGACUCCGAACAGCCUUUUUCAGAGAAGGUAAGCCGCUUUUGCUACCUGCGAAUAGUUGAAUUUAAUAAGUAG